AUGGCGAGCUCACCGCGUUUAACCUACAACCAGGACGUGAUCAAAGAGAGCAUCAAGGAGCUUUGUGCAAAUGGCAGCUCUUAUGGCCACUUCCAUGGCCACGAGAAGCUAGACGAUCAAGUGCUGCUCAAAUGCUUGGCUCGAACCUUGGAGAAGAAGCACUACGGAUUCAACCGUGAGCAGAGGCUGGGUCCAGGUCGUGCAGCAGCAGAAGGCGAUCACAAACCGCAUGGAUUGUAGGCGCGAGUGUGUCAAAACCAAGCAUGCUCAACGCAAGGUGGCUGGCCCAGAUGUCAAGGAUAGCGGACGUACUGCAGCCUUGAAUCUGAACGAGGUGGCAACAAGUUGA